AUGAGUUUCUAUCAACCAUCUUUAUCGUUAUAUGACGUUUUAAACGCACUAGCUAGCCAGAAUGGUGCUAGAAACGAGCAACCACAACAACCACAGGGACCUCCUCGUGGUGCUCAACUUCCAUUUGGAGCUCGUGGUCCACCUCAUGGUCAUCGCCAUCCACAUCCAUUUGGUGGACAUGGUCACGGUCCAUUUGGUUCUCAUCCUCACGAACAUCAUCCUCGUCAUCGUCAUGGACCUCCUUCGUUUGGUUUCCCAGGUACUGAUCCAUUCCAACCAUCAUUCGGUCUUCCAAACUACGGAUUCUCUAGAAUGCCUCAGCAAGGCUAUUAUUAUAGUCCUCAAUAUGAAUAUCCUGAUGAAGAUAUGGAAGAAAAUGAUGAAGAAAACAAUAAGAAAGAUCAACUAGAAGAUAAUGAGAACAAUGAAGAAUAUCCUUCUUAUUACCAUGAUGAAUCUGGGAAACGUAAUAGAGAUUAUGAACAAGAACAACCAUCAUUAACUGAUAUUUUGAAUGCAUUGAUGGGUGGGGCAGGUCCAAUCGAGACAGCUAAAGGUUAUGCUGACGUAGACGAAGAUGAAGAAAAGGAAGAAGGUAAUGAUAUUGACGAGGCCGCUGCUCCUGAAGAGACAAAGGAGUCUAUCGUUCAACCAGAACCUGAAAGAACAACUCCACCACCAGCUACUAAGACUGGUAACUUAGAAAAACCAAAUAGAUCAUUUGCUCAUUUAUCUGCACCAACCCCGAUACCUGAUCCAUUACAAAUUUCAAAACCAGAAACAAGAUUGGAUUUACCUUUCUCUCCGGAAGUUAAUGUUUACAACUUAGAUGAUGCUUAUGUUGUGGUCCUAGCUUUACCAGGUGCUAACUCCAAAUCAUUUAAGAUCGACUAUCAUCCAUCAUCUCAUGAAUUAUUAGUCAAAGGUAAAGUCAUUGACAGAUUGGGUAUAGAAGAACAAUUUCUAAAGAUCACUGAAAUCAAAUAUGGUGCGUUUGAAAGAACAGUUAAGUUUCCAGUGUUGCCACGUAUUCAAGAUGAAGAAAUCAAGGCUACUUAUUCUAAUGGUCUUUUACAAAUUAAAGUUCCAAAAUUAGCCUCAACAGAAAAACCAAAACCAAAGAAGAGAAUUACUAUUGAAGAUAUCCCAGAUGCUGAACUUGAAUUUGAACAAAAUCCAAAUCCAGUCACUGAAAUCUAA